UCAAAUCAACGUAAAAUAAGACCAGAGCCGAAGACAGUGAUCGUCGUUGCUGAUGUAGGACGGCCGUAAAAUUAGUAUUUUCCGUUUAAUACACCGUGAAGUGUGUUUACAAUUACGUUCAAACGUUUGCCGUUCGAAAAGUGAAUCAAAAGCAUCAUCCCAAGUCCAAGCAGGCUAUGGCUGCAGUGUUGUCGCAGCAAUCUGCGCCAUCCGCUCAGCUUUGCGGUUUUACGCCCGACUUGUUUGGCCGCAUUGCAUUCCGGUAAAGGGAACGUUCCUCCUAGAAGGUGGCGUUUGAGUACGGUGCAUUACCGGUGCAUUGUGUUGUGUUGCAGUUGGUGUGAAAAAGAUUCCCCAGUUGGUGAGGAAAUCGGUGAAAACAGCGUUCGCAAAAUCGAUGUCACCCGUGGCAACCGUACAGCGAUUGGCAUUGGUUCCGUUGUGUAGGUAGCGGUAGCGCUGGUAGCGCAAGUGUGUGCGUGCAGGCGCGUCCUUACACGUGUAAGCAAGCGUACGCGUUCGCUGUGUGUAGCGUCGGCGUGUGCUAGUAGUGGUGUAAGGUUGUGUGCAGCGAGUCAAUGGAUUCCGUUUGCAUUCCCUUGUGUGUUUUUUGUCUGCUUCAAUAACAGUAUCCAGCGAAGACAACAAGGUGUGCCACGACGGUGAAGCGCCGUGUUUGUUUAUCGUGCGAUCAGUAAGGUAAGGCGAUCAGUAAGGUAGCUUGGGUGAUGUGGUGUAUUGAAAGGAUGCAGUGAAAAGUGCAGCUUUUUGUCCGUUGCUAAGAAGAAAAGCAAAGCAUUCCCAAGCACAGCGUUCAUCAAGUGAUCAUACAGCGAAAAAGGUGAAACUGCUGGUGCAUUUUCUACACCAGCAAGCAUAGUCGUGUUGUGUAUGUGUGUGUGUGUGUGCGGGUCUGUGAAAAAUUGUGCUGCAGCAUCAUCACAAGCUGUGCCAAAUCAGCUAAAAAGUUUGAAAGAAAUUCCAUUAUUUCGCGUCAUUUUGUUCGAAGGUGAACAGCUCUUGCAAGAGACCGCUUCUCUUGCUGUGGCGUUUUCACACCGUUCAAAGAGUGCCGAUUGCAUCAGCAGGCCCCGUGGGUCGUGAUCUGCCGUGUGUGUAGCCAAGACGAGAGCGUGAUCGAUUAUCUUCCGCACUUGAUCGACGUUGUGGCAGUGUUGGUUACACUGUGUGUUCGUCCAAGUGUGUCCGAGAUUCCACGGAGAGCUGCUCAUUUACAUUCCAUCACACAUUCCUCCACCGUCAAUGCCACCGUCGCCGUUCGGAAUAAGUUAAGCAGACCGUUCCAGGGGCAGCACGCCGACCAUCGAGAAGUAACCGUGCAAAAGCAAAGGAAAUAUUGCUGAUGUAGAGAGAAGCAACAGUGUGUGCAACAGCUGCUGUUGGUACCGCUAGAAGGAGAAAAAUCUUACUGCAUCAUCACGAUCGUAGAACCAAUUAUCUCGCUUUCCUCCUUGUGAAGCAUUUCCUUGGCGCUGAACAUUCCGACAAGGAAGGGGUGUAUGUGUGUGUGUAUGUGAUUGACUAGUGCUACUUCGACUCAAGGGCAUACCGCUUGGUCCCAAAGCUGACUACGGUCGGAAAAUCGUAAGUCGUUUACUCAUCGCGUUCGGCAAAUGAACGGGCAACAGACGAUCGCAUCUUAACCCACCACACCCGGUCAUAUCUCCAUCGCUCGAUGAAAAUGUCGCUCAACGAAAAACGGAUGUUUGACCGUGAAACACUCCGUUCCGUCAUCCAGCAAUGGAACACGGUUCGGUUGGAUAUAUUCGCGCUGUCCGAGCCGAACGAGAACCUGGAAUUCCACGGAGUGAUGCGAUUUUACUUCCAAGACGAGGGCCAAAAGGUAGCAACCAAAUGUAUCCGUGUCGCAUCCGAUGCUACGGUUUCCGACGUUAUCGAAACGUUGAUAGAAAAGUUUCGCCCCGAUAUGCGAAUGCUCUCCCUGCCAAACUACGCGCUGUAUGUGGUCCAUGCGAACGGCGAAGAACGCAAGCUAAACCCGGACGAAAAGCCGCUGCUCGUGCAGCUCAAUUGGCAUAACGAUGAUCGCGAGGGACGAUUUCUGUUGAAAAAUUGUGCCCAAAAGACAAAUACCCUCGACAGCAUCACCGAUCAGCCGAGCUUCAAGCGCAAACUGUCCAAGCGCGAAAAGAAGGAGCAGAAAAAGAAGGAAAAGUUGAACAAACUGCAAUCGGCCGGUGGUGGUACUGGCGGGCCCGAUUCCGAGAACCAUGUUGCCGAGAAGCUGUACACCGAGCUGCCGGAAACAUCGUUUACGCGAUCCAUCUCCAACCCGGAAGCGGUAAUGCGGCGCCGCCGGCAGCAGAAGCUGGAGAAGAAGUUGCAACAGUUCCGGUCGAGGGACGGCGGGCCGGACACUGGCGGCACGCUGAAAAUCUACGGCGAAAGUCUGUGCCGGGACGUGCCGUACAAAACGCUGCUGCUGUCUAUUCGAGACUGUGCCCAGGCCGUUGUACGGGAGAUGCUGUCCAAGUAUGGCAUGGAUAAGGUGGAUCCGCUUCACUACUGUCUCGUACAGGUUAACAGCGACGGGUCCGAGUAUAUCCUUGAUGACGACGAGUGUCCGCUCUCUAUUCUAAUGAAUCACCCUACUUCUCGAGGUUCGAUCAUGUUUCACGUGCGUCGCCGACCCGCGGACUCGCAGCCGCGAAGACGGAAAAAGAAACCACUGGGCGUAUCGAACGGUGGCAACAAUAUUGGCGGCGAUCGCGAAGGCCCUAUGCUGAUCGAGAUCACGCACAGCGGCGACGGUGGCCGGCGGGUGAAGCUGGGAAGCGAACCGAUCGAGGUCGGGUCGGCCAACACUAAUGCGCUGCAGCUGUUCGGUCCCUCCAUCCAGGCGCGUCACUGUCUAAUAUCGAUGCACGACGGUGUCUGUACCGUGACGCCCCUGCACGCCGACGGAACGACAUUUGUCAACGGCCAUCACAUCCAGCAGCCAACGAUACUGCACAAUGGUUCGGUGGUCAUGUUUGGCAGGGUUGCCUCGUACCGGUUCGUCGAUUCACCCUCGGACGGGCGAUACAAUUUGGCCCUGUCUCAAUCGCAGCUGGAUUCGGCCUGUUUGUACGAAAGCCGAUCACCAACCUCGCCGACAUCCUGGAACGACGAAGAAAGCCGUCCGAUCAGCCCAAUCAGCACGGUACAGAUGGGUGGAAAGCUGCCGGGCGGAGGUGGUGGUGGCAGUUUUCUAGACGGCCCCAUUGCCUCAACCAGUGCCGAAAGUGCAGCAGUAGGACAGCAACAGGCAAAUGCGUUCGCGAAAUCAGCAUCGUUCGACAUGCAAUCGGCAACGGCGACCCAACCACAUCCGCACAUGCACCACCACCAUCACCAUCACCCGAGCGGUCUGCUCGUGACGGCACUGGACGGACCGGAAGCAAUGGGUGCGGACGAUACGGCCAGCUAUAAAGGAGGCCACGCUGGUGGCACUAACGAUCACAAUGAGGGAGAACAGCAGCAGCACCAUGCCGGAGGCGGCGGCCCACUCGGGGCCGGUAACGGUGGGGAAACCGAAACGAAAUCUAUUUCCAGCUUCAAAUCAAUUGGAUCAACUGCCGACAGGACGAGCACCUUUCCGAAGCUGCAACCAUCGCACGCGGCCACUUCGAUUUCGGGCGAGCCCGGUGGACAGGAACCAAUUCUGCCGGCUGUGCUGGAGUUUCCGGAGCAAAACCAGGAACCGUUUCUGCAAUCCGUCAUCAGCGAGCUGGACGUGAACUCGCCAAACUUCAAGCUAGCGCCCGUGUAUACGCUCUACCUGUGCGCUCGGUAUCGCGCCUCGACGCACUACCGUCCGGACCUGCAGCCGACCGAGCGGGCCCACAAGCUGACCGUGUUUCUGCACCACGUAGCCAAUCUGAUCCAAAACGUUGUCCAGGAGCAGUACACCGAUGCCAAAAUACUGUCCUUCUGGAUGGCCAACAGUUCCGAGUUUCUGCACUUUCUCAAAUCGGACCGACACAUCUCGGCGUUCAGCGUGCAGGCGCAGGAAGUGCUGGCGGAGAGCGUGCAGACGGCGUUCCGCAAUCUCGUGUCGAUAUUUCACGUCGAGCUGUCCCAGACGCUGAACCAGUUUCUGUCGGAAAACAUCGAUCACGACUCAGCGGCCGGUCUGGUGCUGUCCGUGCUCGGCUCUGCGAUGGCUCUGCUGCGCCGGUGUCGCGUCAAUGCUGCCCUCACGAUACAACUGUUUUCCCAGCUGUUCCACUACAUCAACGUUGUGUGCUUCAACAAGUUCGUCACUACUUCACACAUGUGCACCAGCGCAUGGGGAAAAGCCUUAAGCGAGCGUCUGUCGCUGUUAGAACUGUGGGCAGAGAAGCAAGGCCUCGAGCUGGCAGCCGACUGCCACCUAGCGAAGAUAAACCAGUGCGCCCAGUUUCUGCAGGCUCCCAAAACGUCCGUCUCGGACGUGCAGCAGCUGGCAUGCUCCUGCUUUCGACUGAACUCGCUGCAGAUGGCCGCUUUGCUGUCGCAGGAAACAAUUCCGCGCAAUCUUAUCGACACGGCGGUCCGGAUGGCUGAAUCCGUUGCCGACGAGUUGAGCCGUGCCGAUGGGCGUGAGAUACGGCUGGAAGAGUCGCCGGAACUGCCGCUCGCACUGCUGCUACCGGACGAUGGGUUCAGCUGCGACGUGGUGCGGGGCAUCCCGGCUGGGCUGGUCGACUUCCUGAACCCGUUCCAAAUGGCCGGCUGGUGCCGAUUGGCAUCACAGCCGACGAGCAUAGGCCUGUGGACGGUGUACAUGCACCAGUUCAAUCACGGCCGUUCGCCGAGUGUUAUGUCCAGCAAGCUGCCACAGCCCGAAGUGCAGAUAAUCAAACUGCACAAAAAUGCCAACGGAAUGGGCCUGUCGAUUGUGGCGGCAAAGGGCGCGGGCCAGGAACGGCUCGGCAUUUAUAUCAAGUCGGUGGUCGGCGGUGGUGCCGCCGAUCUGGACGGGCGGCUUCAGGCGGGCGAUCAACUGCUGGAAGUCGACGGUCAAAGCCUGAUCGGAAUUACGCAAGAGCGCGCGGCAGAUCAUUUGGUGCGUACCGGACCGAUUGUAACGCUGAAAGUAGCCAAGCAAGGUGCCAUCUAUCAUGGAUUAGCAACCCUUCUCCAGCAGCCAAGUCCCGUCAUUCAGCGAGGUGGUCGACGAAUGUCCGAACGGGACAUGACGCGGGUCGGUACGAGCAGUGGCGACAUCAGCAAGCCACCAAUGCCAGCAUCAUCCGCCGGACAGCAGUUAUUAAAUAGCAAAUCCGUUCCAGCGUUGCACCAUGUGGGCAAUAUUGGUUCUUCCGCGAAUAAAUCUCGUAGCAUACAUAACCUUGCCGGAGGUGGUGGUGUCGGAGGAGGAAGUGCUGGUGCGAUCGGUACAGCAGGCAGCAGUCAAGAUCAAGGAUUCUAUCAAAACCUUAGCGUAUAUAGAGCCCAAAAUCAAAGCCAUCCAAACCUUGGCGAACGACCUCCCAUGCCCCUGCAAACAUCUCUUAAUUCCCCCGGAGCUUCUAGCACCGCUCAUCAGCAACAGCAGCAAAUGCUGCAACAUCAACACCAACACCAGCUCCAGCAGCAACAGCAGCAGCAGCACCAACAGCACCCAAUGCUAAACCGUCCAGCGUCUGCCUAUUUUAAUAGCAAUAAUAGCGGUAGCAAUGCCAAUCCUAGCAAUUUGUUACUGACAACACAAAACACCAUGUCUUAUACGAUGCCUAAUCAGCAGCAGCCUAAUAAUAGUAAUAACGGUAAUCUAACAAACAUAUCGCAGCAGCAGCAGCAGCAGGGUAAUAUGAACACAAUGAACAGCCGACUGGCAUCGACCAUGGGUGGAAAACAGCCAGCUAUGCCCCCGGGAGGUGCCGGCAACGGUGGAAACGUUAACGGCUUUAUGCGUGACGUGCAGGCCCAACAGAGUCUGCGCAUGAAUCAAAUGAUGGCACCAUCGAUGCCCAACAUUGCCCAUUCGGUGGCGGGCGGUAGCGGUGCCGGUGGCAACUAUCCGGCACCCGGCGUCAUUUCGGCUAGCCAGAGCAUGCAAAACGUAAACGUGAUUCCGGGCGGUCCGGGCAGCCCGGCAGGCAGCUACAACUACCACGGCAGUGCGAACGGUAGCCCAAUGCUUUCGCCUCAGAUGUAUCCGCACGACGGCCAGCAACCGCUCGGUGCGCAGCAUCAUUCAUUGUUGCUGCGCGGGCAAGCAAAGCUGGCCGAAAUGAAUGAGCUAAUCAAGCGUCGUCAGCAACAGCAACAGCAGCCGGUUGCCUACAACACUGCUACAUCAUCAAACAAGCCUCCUCAACAGCAGCAGCAGCAGCAGCAACAGCAACAGGGAUCGAAUGCCACGAUGCCUCCGUCAACGGCACCGAAACCGAUGCGAACGCAGGACGAUCAACCUCCACUUCCUCCUGUAUCAACUCACCCGCUGUUCAAGCCGGGAAGUGGAGCACCGCCACAGCUCAACAGCAACAAUGCGUACAGCAGCGCGGAACCACCGAAGGUGGGAUUCUAUCCAACGAUGCCAUCACAAAGCAAAAACCUGCCCCAAGCAGGCAGCAAUCCGUGGGAGCGGGAAGAGAAGGAAAAGGAAAGCGAGCUGCGACGCGAGCACGUGCGCGCCUGGCGGGAUCAGCAGAUUGGCGAGCUGCAAUCGUUGCCACAGCGUACACCGAAGCAGGAAGAACAACUGCGGACGCUCAUGCUGGAGCGCGAUUUCGAGCGACGCGCGAUGGAAGAAGAUCAAGACUACGACAACGACAUGGCACCUUACGGGGCGAAAGAGCACGGCAUCGUGCAGGAGGUGGUGCGUUUGGCACAGCCUAACGCCGGCGGACCGCUUACAGCUCCGAUGACGAAGUUGAAGCAGGUCGACAUUAAAACGCCUGCACCGGACACGCUCUCCAUCACCUCAAGCGAGCAUUCGUCGAGUGUGCCGUCCGUUUCAACAACGAUUGCCAAUUUCCAGCAGCAGCAGCAGGGCUCGGGAAGCGGCAACGCACCACCGUUAAUUCAACCGAAAAGCAUUCUGAAACACAACACAAACAGCAGCACGCCUUCGUCGCCUUCCAAAGGGGCCGCCAAGACAGCCAGCUUUGCGCACGACGGAACCAACCCCGCGGCACGUUCGCAGCUAAACUUGAGCGAAAUUACGGCCAACAAUACCAACGCGAACCAGAUGAUGUCUCAAAUGGUGCACGACAUGAACCAAAUGAAUUUGUCCUCCAACAUGACGGCAAUGAUGGGCGAAGAUCGUGAAAAUAGCGAGUAUGGACAUCCGAUGGGCCACGAACAGCAGCAACAGGCGAUGAUGAACGGUGGAGUGUCGAACCCGUACAUGAUGGCAAGCGACGCGAACAAUGGCAAUGGUGCGGUUCCUCCACCACCACCUCCGGAACGAAACAGCUCGUAUGUGAUCAUGUCGCAGCAGCAGCAGAAACUGCGAACAAGCACCGGUCCGGCCAAGCUGUCCUUUGGUGCUCCGAACACCGGUAGUCCUGCGUUAGAGCUGCAGCAGCAGCAACAGCAGCAGCAUCAGCAACAACAGCAACAACAGCAGCAACAGCAGCAGCAGCAAUUGCAUCAACAACAACAGCAACUGCAGCAACAACAGCAAUUGCAUCAGCAGCAGCAACAGAAUAUUAUGAACAACAAUGCCAAUACCAUGGGCGGACGAUAUAGCAACAACAACAGUCUGCUGAUGACAGCUCCGAACAAUAAUCCGCUCGGCAAUCAACCAUCGCCGAUGGGUGGUGUCAACAAUGCCACAUCCGGUAGCUCCUCGGUGCUGACCAACAGCAUGUACAAGGACAACAAACGGGUAUCGUUCCACGACGAGGACGCUGGUAACAACAAUAGCCCCUCGACUCCGAUGAUGGCUGCUGGGCCCGCCGGCUAUACGCAGGCGGGACAUUUGAUAGGUGGCAGCAUCGGCAACGAGUCGACCGGUGGAAGCGGAGAGCUCGGUACCAUCAUGGAACGACCAGAUCCUGACCGUUUUAUCGACGAAACUAUGCCGGCAAUGCUGCACACGCCCACUACACCGGACGCAGAAAACUGGAACAUGCAAAUUCAGGCGACGCCUGGAGUAAUUGGUGCACAGGAAGUUUAUCGCGAUCCUCGUACGCGCCGGUUAGCGGAGCAGCAGCAGAAACAGAAAUCCGACGCCGUACCAGAAAAGCUGUCAUUCAAAGAGAAGAUGAAAAUGUUUGCGCUGGAAUCGGGUGAGAACAACACACCGAAGGACAAGCUGAAAAUAUCCCGCGCCCAAAGGGACAUCGAUGCAGUCCAUUAAGCGACACGCAAGGAUAGUUUGUAUGCAUUUGUAUUAGUUUUUAAGCGCCCUGACAUAGUGCGAUCGUUAGCAUUUUCACCGAUCGCGGUGUAUGCGCGACCUGUUAAUAAUCCCCCACCCUACCAAACACUCCGCAGAGUACGUCGAAACAGAUUGUACACAGUUCUUGAAUCUUUACACUCUCGCGCGCAAGAGUGCUUUUGUUAAUACAAGUAUUUUAUUACUUCGAUUGUGUUGUCCCGGCACAGGCCAGCUGAUCGGUAUGAUGUGGGUUUAAUCGUAGAUAGAUAAAAUCUUAUAAAUCGUGUUAAAAACUUGCAGCAAGAUAAAUAUUCCCCAGAGCAUACAUACAUAACGGUGCAGGGUAGCGUACUUGUCCGUGCAGUGGUUUCGUAGUCGAAGCCCCAACCAAGCGACGAGUUUCAAAGUGAAAGAUGAUAACAAUAAGGAUCACCAGAUAGAUGAUCGUUACGAUUGAUACUAGAACCCAAUGGACCAAGAUGAUACUAACAGAAAAGUUUUAAGAAUCAGCAUAGGAAAUUGUUUCUGUUUUAUAUACAUACAUAUCUAUAUGUAUACUGAAUGAAGACAACCAAUAGUCAGCUAAAGGAAACACUAUAUUUAUCUAUAAAACCGAGGCAUGAUGGCAGGAAAAGUCAAUGAGCCGGAACUGUUAAAAGUUGAGCGUCACUUUUAAGGUAUCGCGUAGUCAGGUAUAUGUGGCAGAGUUAGGUAAGCGUUCUCGAAUCAACAAAGGUUUUACAAACAUUAUCCCAUGGAAAGGAAGUGUUCUCUUUACGAUAGUACCGUGCAAGUAUCUAAAUUACCAACACACCACACCCUCUAGAAUGGAAUGCGUUGUCGUGUUCGCGUGUUUGCAAACAAAUGCACACGACAUAAUAUAAACAAAACAACAACAAAAAACAUACAGAAAGGUCAAUUUAAUUAGUCCAUCUAUAACGCGCACCCAUUCGUAGCCUUCCAACCUCCCCUUACGUGAUAAUGUGUGCAAAUGCCGUAUAUGAUAUACGGCACAGCAACACAACAACAAAGCAAAACUAUAAACAAACAUGAUAUAAACGGUGGUGCACACUAUUGUUAACAUUUACGACAAAGUUUACUCGUACUUGCACGCAAGAUAGUAGCCUCCCAACCCGCAAAACCGUCUUUCGAAAUUCGAAAUACAAUGUUUUCCCACCCCCCGUAGCGUUAAUCUCCCUCUGUUACUCAUACACCACACCACGUCGUACACCAACUAACAAACGGGUCCACGAUUUUUUACACAAUGCACGAAUGUGGUUUUUUAGUUUUCGAGUGCGAAGCGCAAAGCGAGAGUAACACUAGAUUCCAUUAGUGGUUGCAAUUAUUGAGUCAAUAGCUUUCCACGGCCGAUUGAUACGAAAAAGCGAAGGCGGGUGGUAAAAUUACAACGCGAUGAAGGAACGGUGGCAGCAGCAGUAGUAGUAGUAGUAGAGAGAUUUGAUAGUGGAAAUCACCAAUACGAUAGGGAAGUGAUUUUAUUUGUUAUAAACAUAUUUUUAUAUCGCAAUCGAGAGAGACUAUUGAAGAAUUUCCAAGAUUUUUCGAUACUUUUAAGAAGAAUUUACCUCUUUAAUAACAAACACCGGAUUGACCGAUUUCUAGCACAUAUUUUUAUCCUCAAUCCUUGUGUGACAGCCUAUUGAAGAAAGAGAACACACGUUUAGAUCGUUUGUAAAGAUUGAGAGAGCAAAGAAUAUUGUAACCGAUAACAAAAAAAACACUCAGAUAAACAAACAAACAAACAAUGCUGGAACAAAUAACUCUCGAUAGUAAAGUAUUGCGUUAUUGGUGGUAAGCAGCGCAUAGCACGGUGUACCGAUGCGAGGAGUAGGUUCGCGCAAUCGAAGAGAGAUGUACAAUUAACCAUGUACCUUCUCAUCACGUACCGCAACGGAAUUGUAAAGGAAUAAUGGUAAAAAAAAAGAUUAGCUAUAGUGAUGUAGUAUUAGGCAUGCAAUUGGCGAUUUUAUUCGAUAACAACACUAAGCUAAAAGGAAGGAGUUGGCACUGGGCAGAGCAUAUGUACCCGUAGUGGCGAAAUCGCGUGGAAGUAAAAAGUAUUGCGAUACAUUAGAGCGAUUUUUGAGCAAAAACAACCCAAUACAAACAACUACACAGGCAGGUGGAUGGUGUAGAAAUGUUACAUCUUUACUCAAUAAUUACUAUUUUCCAACUCUAAGCAAACCAUAACAUGCAGCUAUGUAAAUGUUAGUAACAAUUGAGAUAAAGCAAACCAAUGAAA